AUGAGGUUCCGCUUUUUGAAUGGAAUGGAUUGCCCCGAGUGGCUUUUAGCUGAAAUGGCCGAAUUUUCGCAUUUGAGCGCUUUAAAAUUCAAAACGCUUUGCGUGAUUGCGUCGAAUUCGAUCAUCGAGGGACGCACACAAAUGAACGAAGCCGAAUGCUCGAAAUAUGUUACGGAAACAUUUUCUCGUGAUGAAGCGAUUCGGCUCUUUUUCGCGAUUCGUUUAGUGAUGGAGAAAGCAUCGAAAGCCGAAUGUGUUGGAGAGGAUUUAGAGAAAGAAUUGCAACAAUUGGGAGUACCAUUCGAGCACUCGAAACAAAUCUCUCAAAUCUAUACGACUUCUCGAGAUCAAAUGCGGGAAAAGUUGUUAUCAACUAUUAGAAAAGAACCAUCACUUUUCGUGGACCGAGUAAUUGAAGAAAAAGAUACAGUUCAUCUAGAGGCCAUUGCAACAAAUGGACAAAAAUUACGAACAAAUUUAUCGAAAAAUCUUUACUCUCAUCUUUUAAAUGAGCUCGAUGCAGCGCAAAAACGAUUGGAACAUUUGGAAAGC